AUUUAAAAGCUAUUGAAAAUCUAAUGACGAGUAGUUUUUUUGAGGGCUGUUUUGUAUUGAAUUGUGAGACCUCUCAAAGAUGUUGCGCUCUAUGAUAGAGAGGGAUGUGCUGUCAGCGCAUGAAUGCUAAUCCAAACGGUAUGAAUGGUUAACAAAAUGAUGUGAUGAUAGAGAGUGUGUCUCAAUUAUGAGAGACACUCGUGACUGUAGUAUUCAAUACACACUCUCACAGAACCAGUCUUUCUGUUAUACAGUAUUUCACGAAUCAAUUGCAAUCGGAAUCACAUUUUGAGCCCUGUUUUCGUCGAAACCGCUAUUUUUCAGUGCAUUUUUAGUGCAAUUCGUUUAUGACUUAACAAAACUUUUCGGCAUCCGAUUCAGUGUCUUCGCCACAAUCCGAUGGACACACUAUUCGUGGCAAACAUUUAUCGCAGAUAGUAAUCGCUUUUACCACUCAUUGAAACAAUUAAAACUCAAAUUAUUUAGUAUUAAUCGGUAAUUAAAGACCAAAUAUUGCCGAUAAUUAAAGUAAUUUUCAAUUAAUAAAUCGACUGAACAUGGGAUUGUUAUCAUUGGGCAAACCGUUGUCGUGGGACGAGACCAAGACUCACGCCGAACACGUCCGACAGCACGGAGUCCAGCAAUUCAUACAUUUGUAUAAUAAGCUCAAGAAUCGCAACGACACUACACUUAAGUGGGGCGACGAAAUAGAGUAUAUGAUCGUAAAGUUUGACCACAAGAAUCGAAAGGCGAGACUUAGUCUUACAGCGAAACCGAUUCUGGAUGUGAUGGACGCUCGCGAAGAGGCCGAAGGGGAGAAUCGGGCGGUGCUUUGGAGACCAGAGUUUGGCAAUUGGAUGAUAGAGGGAACGCCCGGUCGGCCGUACGGUAUCGAUGAGUCCAAUUCGGGCACCAGUUCUCUGUCUCACUUCAAUGUAGUCGAGGCUAAUAUGAAGUCCCGGCGACAGGAAGUGAACGCCAUGUUAGCCGAAGACGAGGCUCUACUAACGAUCACAAGUUAUCCCCGCUUAGGAACCAAUGACUUCACUCAUCCCUAUAGUAAACCCGAGCCGACAACUAGUGCCACAAGAAGUCAAUUCCUCGCCGAUGAAGUCAUAUAUAGCGGUCACCCGAGGUAUAAGACGUUGGCCGAGAAUAUCCGUAACCGUCGCGGACGGAAAGUUGUUAUAAAUGUUCCCAUUUUUAAGGACACAAAAACUAAGGACCCGUUCAUCGAAGUAUUCAACGACGAAGAGUCAGACUCGGCGGCCAAAACGGACCACAUCUAUAUGGACGCCAUGGGCUUCGGGAUGGGCUGUUGCUGUCUUCAGGUGACAUUCCAGGCGUCCAACAUAGGAGAGGCCCGUAUACUAUACGAUCAAUUGACUCCCGUUUGUCCCAUCGCUAUGGCGUUGAGCGCCGCCUCACCCGUGCAUAGGGGCUAUCUAUUGGAUCGCGACUGUCGGUGGGCUAUCAUCUCGGCCUCAGUCGACGACCGCACGAAAGAAGAGCUCGGAGAGGAACCGCUCAAUCAUAGCAUGUUUCGCAUUUCCAAAUCCCGUUACGACUCAAUCGACUCGUAUUUAUGCGAAACCAGCGAUAAAUAUAACGAUAUUCUGUUGACGUAUCACAAGGGAUACUACGACCAGAUGGUCGGCGCGGGUGUCGACCACAUGCUCGCCAAACAUAUCGCCCAUCUAUUCAUCAGAGAUCCCGUUUGUGUCUACAAAGAGAAGUUGGACCAAAACGACGAAACGGAAACCGAUCACUUCGAGAACAUUCAGUCGACUAAUUGGCAGACCAUGCGAUUCAAACCGCCGCCGCCCCAGUCGUCCAUUGGAUGGCGGGUAGAGUUCCGGCCGAUGGAGGUGCAAAUGACCGAGUUUGAAAACGCGGCUUAUGUUGUGUUCGUUGUUUUGCUCACAAGAGUUAUACUCUCUUUCAAAUUGAAUCUAUUGCUACCCAUUUCUAAGGUCGAUGAGAACAUGAUUGAGGCUCAGAAGAGGGACGCCGUCAAGCGGUGUAAGUUCUGGUUCCGCAAAGACAUCAUUAGUCUGACGAGUCCUCCCGAAGCGGCGAAGUGUGUGGAGGCGACCGGAUGUUCGUCCGACUUCUGUACGGCUAAAUCGGAGACACCGAUCGACGAGUCCUGUGUACUCAUGUCUGUGGACGAGAUCAUCAACGGAAAGGGCACUCAAUUCCCAGGAUUAGUGCCACUAUUGAAGCACUACUUGAGCAGCAUUGAGCUCGAUGUGGACACUCAGUGCACAAUUCAACAGUAUCUUAACCUCAUUGCCAACAGAGCGUCGGGUAAACUCCAGACGACCGCCCAAUGGAUACGGGAUUUUGUGCGCCAACACCCGGACUAUAAGCAAGACUCGGCCGUCAAUGAGUCCAUUAAUUAUGAUCUUCUAAUGACAUGCAAUCGUAUACAGAAGGGAGAGCUAACUAUCAGGCAAUUGGUUGGCGAUAAUCCCAAAUCCAAAACCAAUUUAUAAUGAAUUUUCACUUUUAAACGAAAUGAAACGGUUUUACUAAAUGUUUAGAUUUUUAAUAAGAAAAAUAUAUAGUUAUGCCUAACAUUCCAGUAGUUGUUAUGUUUAGGUAAUUCAAUGUCAAUAUUAAAUAUUGACAAUUAUUUUAUAACAAAGAAUAUAAUUAUAUAACAAAAAUUUUAGAUAUUGUUAUCAAAGCUUUUUAUCACAAGAAUUGUAAUAGUUUUUGAAAUAUUGUAAGCAAAUUGUGUUGAAUAGGAAUUUGUCUCACCGGAC